AUGACGACUACAUCUAGAUAUCAAUCAUCAGAUAAUUCAGAUCACUCAUUACCAACUUCAACAAUAGCAGAUGAAAAUACUUCAUUAACUGAUUAUUACGAUGAUGAUGUAGAAGAAGAAAAAGUAGAAGAAGUAGAAGAAAAAGUUGCUAAUGAUACCCCGAUGACUACUUCAAAUUCACAGAGGGAUGAGUCAGUACAUAGUAAUCACAACAGCUGUCAAAAUCAUAAGGAUAACCACAACUACAGUCGUCACAGCCCUGACAAUAACAAAAUGCAGUACAGCAACAACAACAGCAACCCCAAGUCUCCUCAUUUCCAGCCUCCAACGUUUACGUUAGGCACAGAACAAUCAAAUAGAAUAUUUCCACCGAUAUCUACAUCUACAAAAAGAGUUGCAUCGCCACUAUCUAGAUCACCAGUCAUAAAGGCAGUACAACCACAACACCCACCUCCUCCAAAUAUAUGCCCUCUUCCUCAACCACAACGACUUGAGAACAAUAAAAAGACUCCGUCGUCGGAACAAUUUGCACCAUCGCCUAUUCCCCGAGUAGUUGCACACCAUGAUGAAGAGGCUACUACAUCACAUCAAAAAGAUAACAAUUUAGAAGAUCUUUUGAAAUUUCCAUCAGAAUCGUCACAUGCUUAUUCGUACGCUCAUUUAUCACCCAAUUCGUUAGCUCUUCGACUUAAUGUAUUGAAACGAUCAUUAGAAAUCUUAAAGGAUAGACCAGAAUUAUUUAAAUCGAUAACCAAUCAAGACCACUUUGAGCAAGAAUCAACCCCUUUGCAACGAUCAAUUACCAAUACAAUUAUAGACGACACUUCGAUUAUGGAUGGAGCAGUAACAACUACAACAACAGACUCAGAAUUAUCAGCAAAUACAAGUGGCACAGUCAGAUCAAGUAUCUUUUCCCAUCCCAAUCAUAGUGCUGAUUAUAUACAUGAUGUAUCGUCACCUACAACCGCAUCCAAUAAUGCUGACAAGAAGAAAUAUAAACUUCAAUCAAAUGCAUCCUCAGCUGCAUUGGCAGCUUUGUUUAAACCAACACUACAAAGAUCCGACAGUCUUCCAAUUGUGACAAAAGAUGAAAGAAAGUUUUCAGCACCGCCAAAUUUACAACAAGGGACCAUUAACGAGAAGAAACAGCAGCAGAAGCAGCAGAAACUAAUAGGCUCAAAUGAUGAUUAUAAAGACAUUAUAAACUUGCUAGAACACGACUUGGAAUCUUUAAUGGAGAAUACCCAGGUUGCAACAUCCCUACAUGACUUGUCACUUUCUACUCCUGAAGACCAAGGCAAAAUCAAAUACGAUCUUUUGAAAAAGAAAUUGAUUUAUGCUCUAGCCAUGCCAUUCGUUGAAAACUCAGCGGUGACUUCGGAAUUAUUAGAAAACAGCAUUAAAGAACCAUCAUCUACUAAAUCACCAAUGUCAACGACGUUUUCUACAGUUGCAUUGAAUGAGCUUUCGAGAAUUGCUCAAAUGAAUGACAAGUCACUGACCCAAUCGCCAACGACUCCAACCACCAAACAAGAACAAUUUAAUGCAAAAAGGCCAUUCAACUCAAUGCUUACAAGCAAGUAUUCCUCACCGCAAUCAAUCUUUACUGUUGAAGCUGAUUUACCAUUUUCAGUCAAAGCGGCAAAUGAUUUAGCAUGUCUUAUGUUUGGAAUAUCAAAAACAACUAUAAAAGCAUUGACUUUAAUGGAUUUAAUUGCUCCACAAUUUCGCGAUUUUGUAUUGUCAAGAAUAACCGAAUACACAUUUGAAAAUAGUCGUAAAGACUCCAUAUUGUUCGCUGGGGAGAUUGUUGCUAUUGUUCGGCCGGGUGAUCAAAAUUAUUCUUGGACGUCACUUUGGGCAAAGAAAAAGGGCAAUUUGAUCAUUUGCAUGUUUGAUCAAAUACCAUGUGAUGCAUUUGAUGUGAUUAUUCUGGGGGCUAGCAAGAAAGAUGAAGGCGGGUUUUUCGAACAUUCGUAUGCAGUUGAUAGUUUCCAUGAGAUUGCUGGUGGCUUGGCUUCUGAGUAUGGGCUAGACAAGGCAGGGACAUUAAGUGCACUAAGCGAAACAAUAAGCAAUGAAUUGAUGAAUUAUGGGUCUGGUUAUGACGAGGAAAAAAGUGCUGCUCAAGAUAGUGAGUUUAUUAAUUAUACCAGGUACUUCACAUUACAAGUGGACCAAGGAAACGAAAAUAUCCCCUGUGCCAUCACUUCAACCGCACUUCUGUUGGAUGAUGAUUCCGAAUCACAGAUUAAAUUGAAGGUCCACACGAUGCCCUACAUUGCCGGAAUUUUCGUUUUAGAUGCCAAGGACUUCACUAUCCUAUCAUGUAAUAACGCUAUAGCCAAAAAUUUAUUUGGCCGAUCGGCAAAAUAUUUGCGUAAUCGUGGCAUUGAUGAAUUGAUCCCUAAUUUCACCAAGAUUUUGCAAGUUGGGCUUGAAAAAAAUAUCGAGACUUUCCAAGUUGUUAAUGGUUUAGUAUUACCUGAACAUUUCUUUAGAAAAUACGAUUCAGUUAUAAAGUAUCAAGAGCAAGCUGACGCAGAAGGGUCUGAAGAAGACAUUUUUUUCAAAUGCCCCGGAAUUGAAGGUAGGCACCGUGAUGGCAAGACGUUAUUCGUUGAUGUUCAGGCUCGUGUGUCUAUUGAUAAUGCAUUAAUCUUGUGGGUGACGUAUUCGCGAACUAAAAGAGAUAGCGGCUUAGGCACCGAGUUUGAAGCUUUGAGCUCUUCAGCUUCAUCAAUGUCUCUAGCUUCAGCUGAUGAGCACUCAGAAGUGUCAAUACCAUCACGAACGCAAACGCAAUCGAAUUUGUUGCACCAUCAGGAUAGCAUACAAAUCCCUCAUGUGCAGCAGCAGCAACCUCAUUAUCAACAUUUACACCCACAUCAUGCGGCUCUUGCUCGUACCAGGACCCAUACUGGCGGCUCGACCGCUUCUGCCAACAAUAUCCCUUCACAGCGUAAAUUGUUUGAGGAUGGUAACGAAGAAGACUUAUUAGAAUUCUCCCCAAGAGAAGUGACACGGUCACUGAGUACCCGAAGGGUAAAGACUCUGUCGUUUGCCAUGCCCUUUAACAAAUUGGAUAGUUUUAUUUACAAAAAAACCAAAGCUGAUGAAAUUAGAGAAGCAGAUACUAGCAAGUCCCAGGAUACUGAGUCGAUUGAGCUGAAGGAUAAUAUAACUCCCGAUGAUUUGGAUUACAAUAUUCCAUCGUCAGCAUAUUCGGAAGAGGAAAUAUUGGCGUUGGAAAACCAAUCAUUAGCGACAAUUAAAUCCGAAUCGACGCAUUGGCCCGAUCAAGUUGGAUUAACGAGACGUACCAAGAGGUUUUCCGAAUUUAAGAUUCUCAAACAAAUGGGUGAAGGUGCUUAUGCCAAAGUCGUGUUGGCUCAACAUAAAGACGACCCCGUGUACAAAAUCAUUAUUAAAUGUAUCGAUAAAGAAAGAAUUUUGGUGGAUACAUGGGUGCGAGACCGUAAGUUGGGUACUAUCCCUAGUGAAAUCCAAGUCAUGGCAUUUUUAAAUUCAGAGCCUCAUCCCAACAUUAUUCGAAUAAUUGACUUUUUUGAGGAUUCAAAGUACUAUUAUCUUGAAACGCCAAUUUUUGGUAAUCCCCCGGCAAUUGAUUUGUUUGAUUUCAUUGAAGUUAAAAAGGAUCUUUCUGAAUUUGAAUGUAAAUUCAUUUUCAAACAAAUUGUAUCGGCAGUGUAUCAUUUACAUAAAGAAGGCAUUGUUCAUCGUGAUAUUAAGGAUGAGAAUAUCAUUGUUGAUGAAAAGGGGUUUAUCAAGUUGAUUGAUUUUGGGUCUGCUGGGUAUGUGAAACAAGGUCCAUUUGAUGUUUUUGUUGGCACCAUUGAUUAUGCCUCGCCUGAAGUGUUGCGUGGCGAAAAAUACGAGGGGAAACCGCAAGAUAUCUGGGCAUUGGGGAUUUUGUUGUAUACCAUGUUGUACAAAGAAAAUCCUUUUUAUAACGUUGAUGAGAUUUUGGAAGGCGAUUUGAGGAUUCCUUAUGUUAUUAGCGACUCGAGUUUGUGUUUGGUUAAACGGAUAUUGGUUCGGGAUGUUGAAAAGAGACCUACAAUUAGUGAUAUAUUUGAAGAUACAUGGUUGAAGUUUUAG